UAGAAUGGUUGUGUGGUACUGUGGUACUUGCGCUCACACGUUAUCGCGGUAGGUAUGUGCCACAUGCGGUUCUGAACGGUCGUUUACAGCGCGUAGUGCAUCGCAGCCGUCCGUUGUGUGUUGUUUGCGUCGCGUUUUUUCUAAUAUUGUAUGUUCGUCGCAUCGAAGCGGUUUGGUGGGUUUUCGAUUGUGGGUGUAAGAGAGACACGAUUCGACGGAGAUUUUCACAACAGCAUCAGAAUAAAACCACUUUACGGUAUCCUCGCCGGUUGUGCGCACCGAACGUGUGGUAGACUCUACCCGUGUUCGGAGGAUGAAUCGGUGACACCGGAUUACCGUUGGCCACCGUACAGUGCACAGGAUUAAUAGUUAAACGCAAACGCCGCCACAAACAGGCGUUUCCUGUCGGCAAGAGCACAAUAUUCGACUACACAUGAUGAGCGUGCAAAACCUUCGGAACAAGUUCAGCCAGAACAACGGUUCGGUCCCGUACAAUCCGCCCGGGCUGAGUUACGGGAAAUCCGAUUCCACGGUAUCGUCAAGUCUGAACAGCAAAAACAAUAACAAUAACAACAACCAUCUCCAUCACCACCAAAUGUCGAAUUUCCAGACGCAAAACGGUGGCGGUGGACGGUUCAAGACGAUUCGCGAAGAGCCGGACGCACCGGAAGACUGCAACAGCAGCAUCAAGCCGGUUGCGACCAAAAACAACAGUUUUCUGCAGAGUUAUCUAGCGAACGAGAUGACGAGGAACAUAAAUGGUUCGCCCGGCCACGGCAAUAAGCACAUGACCGCCGCGCAGGUGCCAGUGCACAACCGGUUCGUCGCCUCAAAGUCGUCGCCGGUUGCGGAAGUUGCAUCAAAAUUCGCUGUAAAAUCACCUCAGGAAACCACGUCGAAAACGUCGUUCGGUGAGGUCAAAUUGUCACAGCACUCGCCAGCAGUAUCCGUACAUCCACCCAAGCCAAUCGGUGCCAAACCAAUGCUUCCGCCACCGCUACCGGACAACACUCCGCCCAGAUUUUCGGUCAAAUCUUCGACUGUCCUGAACAGCAACACCAACAGCAGUCCUGUGACAACCGCCGAGAACAAGUGGAAGAACAAAUAUGACGAAACGGAGGCGAAGCGAAAGAGUCUGUUGAUUCAGUCUCAAAAACUGUUGAGAGAAAAGUCUGACAUGGAACGCCAAGUGGCGAAACUGCGCGCCAAUCUCGAACUGUCGAAUAAAGACUUAUCGGAAAGGACCUUACAACUCUCUCAGCUGAGGAAUCUUUCCGAAGCGAUGUACAAAGAAUAUGAUCAAUUAAAACAACAAUACGAACUCGAGACAACUACGUUGCAAAAGGCGAUGGAACGAGCUUCGCAGUGGUAUAAACAAAAUCGUGAACUGAAAAGACGGAGCUCUGCUUUAAUGCAAAAAGUUAUGUCGGUGGCGCCGUCCACGUUGGACGACUUGGCAGAUGACACGGACGGUAAUGACAACGAUGCGGACAACAACGACACCGAAAUGGAAGAACUACGGAAAACUGUCAAAGAGCUUACUCAAGAAGUUUCGAGGCUACAAGCAGAAUUAAAUAAAAUCAAACUACAAGAGUUUGAAGCCCAGGAGCAGACGGUAGACUUGACUUCUGAACUGGAAGAAGAGCGUAGGGGGCGAAAACGGGCCGAACAAGAACUUAAAGAAUUAAAAAUGAAACACGAUAAUUUGGAAACAGUUAGCCGUAAAGUAGUCGAAGAGACGACUGUGUUACACCAACAAUAUAAGAGAGAAAAAGAAGAAGGCGUAAAGAUACGAAGUGAUGCGAACAAAGUAAAAUCCGAGAGGGAUGUGUUAGCCAGACAAAGUCAGCUGUUGAUGAUGGAUGCUGCGUCGGACGAAAAAAUAAUGAAACUAUUGUUUGAGGUGGAACAAUUACAAAGAACGCUAAGCCAAGAGAGGCAAGAGCACAUGGAACAAAUAAAAUAUUUACAAGAAAAGUUGGAAUCUCAAAGUGAAUCCGAACAAAUCGAAUUGUACGAAGAGAAGUUGAAGUUAAUCGAAGCAGAAUUACUAUGUUCUCAACAAAAAGCUGACAUUGCUGAAUCUCAGGUUGAAGAACUCAGUAAACAACUUCGAGAAACCAAAACCGCGGCCGCGCCGCCCCAGUGCGGACCCCCACCGCCACCACCACCACCAGCACCACCAGCACCACCUCCACCCCCUCCACCGAUCGCGUCGGCGGGUACGAGCGGUGGCAUCAAGCUGAAAACGGUUAGCUCGCUGAACCACAACUCCAACGCAAUUGAAGAUUUAGGGAAUUACUUAGGACUGCCAAUGGCUACUCCCAAGGGCCCUCAAGUGCAGAACGGUGCCAUUGACGCGAUAAUCAAUCAGAUCAAAGGAGGACGUUUCAGUCUAAAAGCAACGGACAAGGAGAAACAGAUUCCGGUCAAAAAACAUGAACCUCAGCCCGUCGUCAACGAGAUGAUGAACGUUCUAGGCACGUUGCGUCGGAAUCCCAAACGAAGAGCCAGUUUCAAAGCGGCGCCUGCCGACGUUGCGUUAUAGUAUACCUACCUAAUGAUUAUAUUAAAAAUUAUAUAUUUACAGUCUUUCCCUACAACUGUCUGUGUGUCUCGCUUGAAACAAUCAUUAUUAUUGUACUAUAAAUAUAUUAUAUAUAAAUAUUUUUUACAUUUUUUUUUGUUCCUCGAAUAUGUGUUUGUGUGGUUUGUGUGCGCGAGUGGUCUACUCGACGUAUAGACAGUCUCACUAUUCAUUAAAAAACAAGUUUUCAUUUUACUGUACAUAAUAUAAUACAUAAAAAAAAAUAUAUAUGUAACGACUCUUUACCUUAAAUAUAAUAUAAUAUAAUGGAUCGUGAACGACAGGACAUCUGUGAUUUUUACAUUUCUAUCGAAUUUUUCACUAAAUGUUUAGAUAAUAUUGUGGUUAGUCUAAGGAAAUUUGUUUUAAAAAAAUAUAAUGUUAUUACUAUUUAUUA